AUACCGGAUGUUGAUAAAGUCUGCGGAACAGCUGAGAGAGAACAACAAAGCGCCCGCCACACUGACACGAAUAGGCAGAGAGAAGGGGAAAGAGAAGGACUGAACUGAAACAGAAACAGAGCCGUCGACAGAGGCAACUUUUGACGAACUUUUUGAAGGGACGGAACUGUGGAAAGGCAGAACCCGGGGAGCACUAAGUCUAAAACCAGAUAAACAGACGGAGAGAGGUCUGUCCCAUCCGUAGAGCAGAGAUGGGGCGAAUCUUCCUGGACCACAUCGGGGGAACCCGGCUCUUCUCCUGCGCCAACUGUGACACCAUCCUGACCAACCGCUCCGAGCUCAUCUCCACACGCUUCACCGGGGCCACCGGCCGCGCCUUCCUCUUCAACAAGGUGGUGAACCUGCAGUACAGCGAGGUGCAGGACCGCGUCAUGCUGACGGGCAGACACAUGGUGCGCGACGUCAGCUGCAAGAACUGCAACAGCAAGCUGGGCUGGAUCUACGAGUUCGCCACGGAGGACAGCCAGCGCUACAAGGAGGGCCGCGUCAUCCUGGAGAGGGCGCUGGUGAGGGAGAGCGAGGGCUUCGAGGAGCACGUGCCCUCCGACAACUCCUGAGCCCCGCCCCCCGCAGGCCGGCGCAGCCAAUCAGCCGCUUCCCCCCCGGAACCAUCUCGGCCUCUGCUUUUCACAGACCCCGCCGGCUCCUGUCAGUCAGACUCGGACUCUGAGAGAGGCCCCGCCCCCCCCCUACUGAGACACACUCGCAGUUCAUUGCGGCCACACACAGAUAAACACGUACCGCUGUACCUACACACACUCGCGUAACCUGCACUAACCUGUCACAUGAUGCACCUACGUCAGUCCAUCAAGUGCAUGCGCAGACAAACUUACAUAAGAUCGAUAACAGACAGACUGCUAUAGCUAUACAGAAACCUACGUCAUACCUAAAUGUACACACACACACACACACACACACACACAGCAGUCCACCAUGCCUGAACGUGCAUGCUUGCAUACAGCAGCUGAACGUGGCUUCACACAAACGCAUGCAAGAGCAUCCCUGAGACCUAGCUACACAAACGUCACCUGCGGCCGUGCACAUGCGGAUAUACACACUGUACAUACAUUCACACACGAAACCCAGGCAUUUGGAGCCGGGAGGCGAGGGCCUGAUAUUAUUGGCUGAAAGAUUGCGAUCUUCAUGUCAGAUUUUCUUUCUCCCGAUCCUGCCUCUCUCUCUCCCUCUCUCAAUGGGUGUCCUGUCUCUUGGUACUCUGCUGGAAUGUCUCUCUGUCGCACCGUAACUUUGUGCCUGUUGCCCGGUUUGCAAAAUUGCGUAUGUGUCCCUGCCGUGUCUCUGUAAGGCAUAGUCACAUGAUACAACAAGGUUUACGCUGUAGAUGCCCCGUUCAAUUCGUCUGAAGAGUUGAAUCCCGAAUUGGUGCAAGCAGAGAUGUAUUUAGAGAGUACAUUUGGGUCUUGGGUGUAUCUUCGUAUGCGUGUGUGGGUGCAUGCAUUCAUGUUGUGUUUGCAUGGAUGUGCUCGUGUGUGUGUGAAUACGCGUGUGUUGUGUGCACGCACGUGCGUCUAUACGUGUGUGUGUGUGUGUGUAAGUGCACUAGUGCUGUGCUGAUCUGUGUGCAGUCACCCUUAGUGGCAUAGUGGUGUAGCCAGUAGUUUCAUCAGAUCGCACUGAGGAAUGCAAGUACGCAGACUUGCCCAGGGCUUCUGACCCCAACGUGAACCCCAAAAUGCAAACCAUGCGCUUUAUUCUGGGGGGGGAAGGGAAAAUCAUUGCUGUAAUUUCAUUGGUUGUAUCUUUAAAUUAUUACAAGGUGCAUCCCUGCAUUUUAUAAAUGUAGCAAUACAAGGUUGAUUGGACCCCUUUGGAAAAAUAGCUGACUGAAUUUUCAAGCCAUCAUUAUUCAUAAUUAACAGAUAGUAAUGCCAAAUGGACAUUUAAGUUUGGAACAUACAUUAUUUUGUUGGCGUAGUCGCAACGUUUGUUAGGUAUGUAGGUUCAGCCAUCUUGGUUCAGGUCGGCCAUUUUAGCUCUGAUGGCAGUUUUCCUAGUACCUGUUUCAUAAGGGGUUUCCUCUUGGUGAGUGGUCGCCACUGGAGCUUGUCAUUGGAUACGUGAAUCCAGUUUGUUUGCAUUCCUCUGUGUCUGUUCAUUCUUGAGCCAGCAGUGUUAGUGUGUGUGCGUGUGUGUGCGUGCGUGCGUGCGUGCCUGCGUGGGUGCGCAUGUUCACUCCUGUGCUUACGUGACUUGGGGGAUCACCAAGGCACCAGACCUGGGGGUGGUCACACCACUCUCCCUGCAGUGGGGAGUGGGGCCAGCUGUUUUUGAGCGGAGCGAGCCGUCUGUGUGGACUGGAACCCCGUGCUGUUGCAGACCCAGCAGGUCUCCCUACUCUCUCGUUUACCGUUGAGGGGGGUGUGAUUAAUCGUAUUCAGGACAUUGAUUAGAUACCCCCACCACCAGCGCUCUUGAAGUUGCCCAUAUCAACUGUUGGACAUAUGGAUUAUUAUUAUUAUUAUUAUUAUUAUUAUUAUCAUCAUUACUAUUACUACUGUUAUAAUUAGUAUUAUCGUUAUUGAACAUUUCUCUGGGUAAUCUUUCUUUGAGGUGAAAAUGAAAGCAAGAAUGUAUUUUUGUUGCCGCGUUCUGUUCUGUAGUGAUGAUUUAUGAAUAAAGUGCAUUCUAGCUGAAA